GACAAAUGGGAGCUGGUGCAGUAAUGCUGGAGACACUGCUAUUAGGCUGAGGGACUCAACAGAAUUUACAAUGGAUUCAGCAGAUUUUGUAUUUGACCCUAAUUACAUUGAUUAUGAUAACGUCACCCCCUCUGGCAAUUUCCCUUCUGAAGAAGUUUUUUUCCACGUCCACACCACCACAUGUUUCACUGAGGUUCUUUGCCUGUUGUUGCUGGUGAUCAACGUGAUCAUCUGUCUGCUGGGCCUGGGAGGAAAUGGUGCGGUUAUCUGGAUUGCAGGGUUUGGCAUGAAGAGGUCAGUCAAUACUACCUGGUACCUGAGUCUGGCUGUAUCUGACUUCAUAUUCUGCGCCUGUUUGCCUUUUAACAUCGCCAACAGCGUCACAUCGGACUGGAUCUUCGGCCUCUUCAUGUGCAAGUUCACUUCCUUUGUCAUGUUCCUCAACAUGUUCAGCAGCAUCUUCCUCCUUGUCAUCAUCAGCGUGGAUCGCUGCGUCGCCGUCAUGUUUCCUGUUUGGGCACAGAAUCACCGCACUACUGGAAAAGCAUCUGUAUUGAUCGUACUCGCGUGGAUUGCCUCUGCAGCUUUAAGUAUCCCGUCUAUCGUAUACCGUGAUGUCCAGAGUCACCUAGGUAUAAACCAUUGCAUUAACAACUACAAAUCCAGCCAGUACAGCCACAAAUUCAUUGCCAUGAGUCGCUUUGUUUUUGGAUUUGUCAUCCCUUUCAUCCUCAUCAUUGUUUGUUAUACCGUUAUCAUCCUCAGACUGAGAGCCACCCAGAUGGCAAAGUCCAACAAACCGUUUAAGAUCAUGACGGCUCUCAUUCUGACCUUCUUCCUGUGCUGGCUGCCGUACCACACGUUUGUGCUUAUUGAACUAAACCAGACCUUCCACAAAGAGGCCAUUAUUCUCGGACUGAAAAUUGGCACCACUGUCGCCGCCGCAAACAGCUUCCUGAACCCCGUUUUGUACGUUUUCAUGGGCAAUGACUUCAGGAAGAAGUUCAGGAGCUCCAUCUUAUCAAAGAUUGAGAAUGCCAUUGGAGAAGACGGUCGAAUGAUCAGCCGCUACCUGUCUCGCUCCAGCUCAGUGGAUGCCAGGGCGUCCACUCAUAUCUAAAGAAUAAACUGGAAGUAAUAUUUUUUCAGUUAUUUUUUUUCAGUAGGGCUGUCAAUUUAAUGCAUUCAUUUAAAAUAAUUAAUCUUAAACUAAACUAAAAUAACACACUGAAGUGUGCCUCCUAACUGUAAAUGCCAUAAUAAGGACACUGUUAU